GAUUGAAAUAGGGAGGAGUCUGACACACAGAGUUUAACCCAGGACAGACUGAAGGACAAACAAGCAGGAAGGAGAAGAAAAUAAAACAAGCAACGGCUUCACCAGAAAAAUAAAGAGGAUAAUAAAGCCUAUUGGAUAUUGUCUGCCUGAAGAACAAUGUCUGUGUCUCCAGCUGCCUUGGUCGCUCGACGGGUGGUUGCUGCUGCGUCACAUUCAAGCCAUGAGGGAGGAGCGAGGACCUGGAAGAUACUGACCUUUGUGUUGGCCCUUCCUGGUGUUGGUGUCUGCUUGGCCAACACCUACAUGAAGAUGCAGGCGCACUCGCAUGAGCAGCCAGAAUUUGUGCCAUUUCCUCACUUGCGCAUCCGCACCAAGAAAUUCCCCUGGGGCGAUGGAAACCACUCUCUGUUCCACAACUCUCACACCAACCCUCUGCCUGAUGGCUUUGAGGGCUCCCAUCACUGAGAGGAUCAGUCACAUUUCUCAGCUGUGUUAUGCUGCUUAUUUAAAACUUCAGUCUGCAGUGUACUUGGCUUAAUUAUAUUGACCGAGGGGCCAAGCAGCACCGCCAUCAAGCGGUGCACCCAGACAAGAAUAAAUCCACUUUGUGCUGUAUUACAA